UGUCUCGAACAACAUUUUUACGUACUCGUGAUGCAUGCAUAAUUUAAAAUUUAACGGUAUAGACAAAUGUUUUUGUUUGACAUAUUACACAAUAGUGUAUUGCUGAAGCGCCGUCUACCUGUUGCAUUCACGACUAUGAAUAUCUAAAUUUCAGUUUCGUCUAUAGUCCUUCGAGAAAACGAAGAAUUAAUUGGGUUUUUGGUCUGCAAUUUUACCGUUAUACUCUCAUAUCGUGUUCGUACAUAUUAAAUACUAAAAUGCUUGAAAUAUCAAUCUGGUUUUGAAGGCAUGAGAAGAGCCGAUAAUUUCUGCUGGAAUGUUUAAUAUACUUAUUCUUGUUAUGUCUUGUCUCAGUGAGGUCCUGGUAUUUAACGAUUCAUGUUCUGGAAAUAUAAUCCUGUGUGAUCUUUGAAAAAGUAGAAUGGCCUUUUUGUGUCCGGUUCGUAUACGUCGAGGGAAGAAAAAGAAACCGGGUGUGCACAAUUUUAAUUUGGAGAAAGAUUGUGCAGGAGCAGGUGGUACAGGACUUGGCUUAGGAACAAAAGUACCAUUACCCCCUGGUCGUAUAACAGGAAGUGCUAGUAUUGAGACAUUAGUUCGUGUAGGUAUAGAAAAAGAAAAUGGUCUGUCGCCAGAUAGUAAAAUGGUUAUUGUUCAUGAUUUCACGCCAUGUGUUGAUGAUGAACUUCAAGUAAAACGAGGCCAGGUUGUAAAUGUUUUAUAUAGAGAGAAUGAUUGGGUAUAUGUAAUAGCAGCUGAUACACGUAUGGAAGGUUUUGUUCCACAUUCAUAUUGUGCACCUUAUACAUCUCAGCUUGCUGAAUUAACACUUGCCACUCUUAUGAACAAUGUGAAAAAGAAAUUACCAAGGUCUAAUGAGACUGAUUGUGAUUUUACUGGUACAGGUCGUCCACAAACUAUAGAUACGCAACAGACUGACACUGGAUCAGCAUCAGACUGUGAAAGUUAUGCUCGUAAUGUCACUACUGCUGAUGUGAAUGUUAAUAGAUCCAACAUUACACAGUCCCAAAAUUCUAUUCAAACUGUAUCCUCUCAACCAGAUGUGCACCCUUUUUUCAAGGAUCCAUCGGCUGGAAGAUAUAUCGUACUUUAUACUUUUGUGGCCAGAGAUGAAAAUGAUGUUAGUGUUGAAAGAGGUGAAUUUGUAACUGUACUCAAUCGAGAUGAUCCUGACUGGUUUUGGGUACUUAGACAUUGUGAUGGUAAUGAAGGAUUUGUGCCAUCUGGAUUUGUAUAUCCAGGACAUGUUCUUCAUUCGUAUGCAACGACAACUACUACAACUACCACUACUACCACAGUAGCUACGACAUCUACAGAAACACAUGGCUUAGGGAAAGGGAAUAACAACAUGACAGGGAAUGAAUCAUUGCAGCAAAAAGGCUUGCGAGAUUUUCGAGACGAAACAAAUGGCACAGAAUUAGUUGUACUUUAUGAUUACAAGGCGCAGGCGCCAGAUGAUUUAUCUGUGAGAAGAGCUGAUUGGAUAUAUGCAGAUUUAGGAAAUCAAACUGUGGACGGUUGGUUGUGGGCAUAUGCACCUAAAACUCGAAAAUAUGGAUUUAUUCCAAAAGCGUACGCCCGGCCUCCUGCUAUGACAAGUUUAUAACAUAUCACAGACAUACUUUUCUAUCCUUUUGCGUUUCAUACAUAUAUUCAAAUAAUAAUAUACUAUUACAUAGUAUUAUAUUGCAAAUGGUAUCCGACAAUUUGGAUAUACAUCAAAGACACAAUUUUCUUCGUUAACAUUAAUAUUGAGUGUAGCACAAUCUGAUGUAAUGUGACUAAGGAGACCUUCGUGCAGAACUAUACAAUCACCUGUUGAAUAAAUGUCUUGAGGACAUUGAGCUGUUCUUAAUGAGUUCACUGGACCUGUGUAUGUUAGGCAACGUAAACCUUCAUUAUCAAUCUUGUCCACAGCCUGUUGUGGAAAUAGUCGGUAUGUGUAUCAUGUACAGACGUAUUAAUCAUUUGUGCAAUUGAGCUUUUUUGUUAAUUAUAUAAUAUACCUGAAUACUACAUAAAA